UAGAGGGAGAGGAGGGGAUUUGAUGGGGAAUAAGCUAGGAAGGAGACGGCAGGUGGUUGAUGAGAAAUAUACGAAGCCGCAGGGGCUGUAUCAGCAUAGGGAUGUUGAUCAUAAGAAGCUGAGGAAGCUCAUUCUUGACUCCAAACUGGCUCCUUGCUACCCUGGUGAUGAAGAAUGCUCUGCCUUCGAUCUUGAGGAAUGCCCUAUUUGUUUUCUGUAUUAUCCAAGCCUCAACCGCUCACGCUGUUGCAUGAAAGGCAUAUGUACAGAGUGUUUUUUGCAGAUGAAGCCCCCUCACUCUACUCGCCCUACCCAGUGCCCCUUCUGCAAAACCUCGAAUUAUGCUGUGGAAUAUCGUGGUGUGAGAACAAAAGAAGAAAAGGGCAUGGAACAAGUUGAAGAACAAAAGGUUAUAGAAGCAAAAAUAAGGAUGCGGCAGCAGGAGCUUCAGGAUGAUGAAGAAAGAAUGCUGAGAAGGCAGGACAUAAGUUCUUCGAGCAGAAUAAUGACUCCUGGAGAAGUUGAGUAUCGGGAUAUAUCAAGUGGUUCGUUUGCAGUGCCAUCUUUUAGCUUUCCUGCACAAGGUGAUGAGAUCGUUCCUUCUGAAGACCUGUUUGCUACCCCUCCAAUUAGACAUCCUUCACACUCAAGGCAGAACAGGGAAAAUGAAUUCGACCUGGAACUUGAAAAUAUAAUGGUCAUUGAAGCAAUCUGGCUUUCCAUUCAGGAGAAUGGCGCUCCCAGAAACCCAGCUUCUGGUGACACAUCUCCAGCUGAACCAGUGUCUGAGGUGACAACCCCAGCAGAAUCAUCCCCUUCUGGUGGGCUCGCAUGUGCAAUUGCUGCCCUAGCUGAGCGUCAGCACAUGGAUGGUGGGGAUUCUUCUACUAGUGCCACUGGGAAUGAGACGGUCUAUGACAUGUUGCCAAACUCAGGGGCUUUGCCUAACAGAGAUGUGAGAGUUGCAGGGGAUUAUCCGCCCGAGAGCUGGAUUGAGGUCUCACCAAACAGCGGAAGGGCAGUGCCAAGGGAAGAGGGCGACUGGACAAUGGAUCAUGGAUCCGAGGUGGCUGAGGCUGGGACCAGCUAUGCCAGCUCGGAUGCCACCAUGGAGGCAGGGGCCACGUUAACGCUCAAUGACGGUGUUGGGGACCAUUUUCAGCCUGCCAUGGCAGGGCCCAUCACUCCCGAGAGCUUUGAGGAGCAGAUGAUGCUGGCCAUGGCCGUUUCGCUAGCAGAGGCUCGAGGGCGGCCAAACGCACAGGGACUUGCCUGGCUUUAGCAAGAAUUUAGAAAGAUGUAUAAAAAAUGAGAAGAAGAAAACAGCGAUGUUAUAGUGGCUGGGGAGGGAUAGAGAGCUUGACAGGUUUACAGGGGAAUCUGCAACAGAGCUAUUAGCCUCCUCAUUAAGACUCUCGGUAAAUGCACUGUUGUGGCAGCAUUAGCGUUUCCAUAUGUCGGUUAUCUUAAUGGAACUAAUCAGGUCACUUUCAAGCAGUACAGUAUUGACGAGCUUGCCAUACCUCAAUAUCGCCAGCAUUUUUCAGAGUCAGCAUGAGAGUGCACUCGUUGUUGCCACUAUAUAGACGGGGCGGUUGUUACAACCACAGGCACCUCAUCUGUUGAUAAAAUUGUGGAGCUUCUAUAAGCCAAGUUCUCGUUCUUGUUAUUUACGAACUUCAUAUAAUAUUCUUUGGAAAUUGGAACUACUUUAUUUUAGGUUGUGAACUUAGGUUCUCUCUUUCUGAGUUUGAGUAUUUUCUUUGGAUUUAUCCAUUGUGAACUAAAUUUCAACCCAAGGCAUAGAUAACAGAACCAAACCAUAUACUCAGACCCAAAAAGAGAGAAUUGAAGUUGACAUCCCUAAAUGAAGUAGCUUCAAUUUCUAACAAACCUUUGUAUAAAGUUAUUAAAUAA